AUGCGUCUUCUUGUUCUCCAUCUGCUGUUCUUCCUUCUGGGCUCCGCCGCCAAGGCUGGGGAGAUCAUCGGGGGCACAGAGUGCAAACCACAUGCCCGCCCCUACAUGGCCUAUCUGGAAAUUGUCACUCCUGACAAUCACCUGUCGGCUUGCAGCGGCUUCCUCAUAAGACGAAACUUUGUGCUGACCGCUGCACACUGUGCUGGAAGGUCUAUCACAGUCCUCCUAGGAGCCCACAACAGAAAAGUAAAAGAAGACACAUGGCAGAAGCUUGAGGUUGAAAAGCAAUUCCCUCAUCCAAAAUACGAUGGCCAUUUGGUUCUCAAUGACAUCAUGUUACUGAAGCUGAAGGAGAAAGCCAACCUAACCCUAGGCGUGGGCACCCUCCCGUUCUCAGCCAAAUCAAACUUCAUCCACCCUGGGAGGGUGUGCCGGGCAGUUGGCUGGGGAAGAACAAACGUGAAUGAACCAGCCUCCGACACACUGCAAGAGGUGAAGAUGAGUGUCUUGGAUCCCCAAGCCUGCCAUCACUUUGAGAGUUUUCACCAUGAACCCCAGCUGUGUGUGGGCAAUCCCAAGAAGAUGCGAAAUGUAUACAAGGGAGACUCUGGAGGACCCCUCCUGUGUGCUGGGAUAGCCCAAGGCAUCGCAUCCUAUGUACAUCCGAACGCAAAGCCCCCGGCUGUCUUCACCAGAAUCUCCCAUUACAGGCCCUGGAUCAAUAAGAUCUUGAUAGAGAAUUAA